GCUUAGUGGAGUUAGCAGACAGCAUCACCACAUUGCUGUUCACACUGUAGGCGAUGCUGACAAUCAAUGCUGACAUGUGCAUUUUCCUUUUAGCCCUGUGCUUUAUUCACGUGUCUUCAAAUGAAGAGCCAUACUUUGAGAGGUCUUGUGAGCUGAAUUCAGAUGUUUGUGAGACGCACACACGCAGCGCUCCGCUUGGCUCCUCUGUGCUUCUCCCAUGCAACUUUGAAACAAGUAACCUCAACUGGGUGUCAUGGACCCACUCUCCAGGGGUGGAUCUGCUCCGUCUCACAUCUGCAGGUCGUAUUAAGUUCCUGGACCCCAGACAUGGUCGGGUGAAAGCCUUUCCAAUCCAGGGCUCACAGGGGAACUACUCCAUCUGCAUCGAUGAGCUUAACAACUCUGACCUGGGGUGUUAUCUCUGUAAGCAGGGAGAUGACUGCCUUCAAGUAGAGUUGGUUGUUGAAAGAGGUGCUCUGAGCAGAGAGAUGGUUUACAUCUGUGUCAGCGUGACUGCUUUCAUCCUGCUGAGCGUUGGUGGCUACUGCUGCAUGAAGUGCAUAUUGUGCUGUAAUAACUUAACACGGGACAAUACAAACAAUCCUGAAGGUGCAGGUACUGAGGGUGUUUCAUCUGAGGAAACAGGCAGAGUGCCAGUCGAUCAACAGCAGAGAGGAGCGGGCCAUGAUAAUCUUGUUUAUGAAAAUGAUGACCAAGACCAAUCUCAGCUGCAGGAUGACCUCUCCAGAUACUAUGGCAAUACAGUGUCAGCAGUUCUUCCUGAUCCGGAUAUGACUCAACCCGCUCAAAGCGCCAGUGGGAUUUAUCCAAACUUGAACCAGUUUGAGGGGACGGAAAAUCUGGGAACAAAACAAAGUUUUCAUCGAGAACUCUUCAACAGAUUAAGGCAAGCAAGUAUCAACCGGCGUUAUUACGUUAACCGACGUGAAGUCAGCCAGGAACAAGCCAUGUCAACUCGGGCGGAGAAGCAUCGCAAAGGUUUCGGGAAGAAGAAAGCCAAAGAAAGUGAGUGCUGACUUCAUCAAAUACUAGGUGCGCUGAACUUCUCUUCCACUCCUGCGUUGUUUCCCUGUCAGAUGGUGAAUACAAAAACCCGAUUUACAACCGGAGCGUAGACCAGCUAAACCACCCUUAGAGAAUGAAGGAAACUUUAAACAGCUGUUGAAACAUUAUCAGUAUCAACAAUCCAAUGAUAGCUGUUGAUUAUACAUUUUACAUAUUAAACUUAUGUCUUACUGUAUUUGUUUGCUGUAUUAUUGUAUUUCCUGUGCAUCUAUUAGACAAUGAGAGACUGCUAAUCAGUCAAAUUAAUCAAAUAAAGAUCCUCACAUACAAGUCAAUAAGUAAUCUUUACAUUAUAUGUUGAAUGAGACAAACCUGUGUAUGCAAGAUGUAUUUUAUGCAGAUGUAUAUCAGCAAAA